AGUUUCUAGUUUCUUAUGCAAAGGCAAGGCAUGCACAUUUUAAUACAUUUGCAUGCAUAUAGUCAUCUUUAACUUCACUUCCCUUAAACAACAUUACAUCGUGUGGACAAAAAGUCACAGCUCUGCUCCGCGUUCACGAUUUUUUUAAAAAAUCAAUAAUGGUGACAAAAGCUGAAUAUCCUCCUAUUUAGGGAAAAGAAGGAAAGAACACAGCCUUUCCCCCAGCCUCUGUUUUGCAAAGAUCUCCUUUUCCCAAGUAUUUCCUCUUUAAUUAUGACCUGUUUCCCCUCCCUCUCCCCCCGCCCCAGCUUCUGUGAAAGGAGCCCUUCUGUCACUCGUCACUCGUUCGCUCGCUCGCUGUGGGAGGAGCCCGCCGGAGGAAGCCGUGUGCCUGGGAUGCCAAGAGCCAGAGAAUGGAUCUGCUCCGAGUGGGGACAUUGCUGAGGAUCCCGGCUUCCCGAGGCAGUUAAAAACAGGCAAUUUGUCUCAGCUGGCUGCAGAAACCCGGAGACACAAAGAGACCGAAACCACCCGAAGGGACCGACGGGUGGACAGACAGAUGGUCGGCACGAAUCGGAGAGGACCGGCGUUGGAGGCUGAGCACCGCGAGCCGCCGAGGAAGAGAAACUAACUACACCCCCAAGUUGCCCGCCGGCUCUCCCUUGCUGUGCUGAGGAAUGAAACCUUUCCAGCUCGAUUUGCUCUUCCUCUGCUUCUUCCUUUUCAGUCAAGAACUGGGCCUCCAGAAGAGAGGAUGCUGUCUGGUGCUGGGCUAUAUGGCCAAGGACAAGUUUCGGAGAAUGAAUGAAGGCCAAGUCUACUCCUUCAGCCAGCAACCCCAAGACCAAGUGGUGGUAUCCGGACAGCCAGUGACGCUGCUGUGCGCCAUCCCAGAAUACGAUGGCUUCGUUCUGUGGAUCAAAGACGGCUUGGCUCUGGGUGUAGGCAGAGACCUCUCAAGUUACCCCCAGUACCUGGUGGUGGGGAACCACCUGUCAGGGGAACACCACCUGAAGAUCCUGCGGGCAGAACUGCAAGAUGAUGCUGUGUACGAAUGCCAGGCCAUCCAGGCUGCCAUCCGGUCCCGCCCCGCACGCCUCACCGUCCUGGUGCCACCUGAUGACCCCGUGAUCCUAGGGGGGCCUGUGAUCAGCCUGCGGGCAGGGGACCCCCUCAACCUCACCUGCCAUGCAGACAACGCCAAGCCUGCCGCCUCCAUCAUCUGGCUGCGAAAGGGAGAAGUCAUCAACGGGGCCACCUACUCCAAGACCCUGCUUCGUGAUGGCAAGCGUGAGAGCAUCGUCAGCACCCUCUUCAUCUCCCCUGGUGAUGUAGAGAAUGGACAGAGUAUCGUGUGCCGUGCCACCAACAAAGCCAUCCCUGGGGGGAAGGAGACUUCAGUCACCAUCGACAUCCAGCACCCCCCACUUGUCAACCUGUCAGUGGAACCGCAACCGGUGCUGGAGGACAACGUCGUCACAUUCCACUGCUCUGCAAAGGCCAACCCAGCUGUCACCCAGUACAGAUGGGCCAAGAGGGGCCAGAUCAUCAAGGAGGCCUCUGGGGAGGUGUAUAGAACCACCGUGGACUACACGUACUUCUCAGAGCCUGUGUCCUGCGAGGUGACCAAUGCCCUGGGCAGCACCAACCUCAGCCGCACAGUGGACGUCUAUUUUGGACCCAGGAUGACCACAGAGCCCCAGUCCCUGCUCGUGGAUCUGGGCUCUGAUGCAGUCUUCAGCUGCGCCUGGAUUGGCAACCCGUCCCUCACCAUCGUAUGGAUGAAGCGGGGCUCUGGCGUGGUUCUCAGCAAUGAGAAGACCCUGACACUCAAAUCUGUCCGCCAGGAGGAUGCUGGGAAGUAUGUGUGCCGGGCUGUGGUGCCCCGGGUAGGAGCUGGGGAGCGCGAGGUGACCCUGACUGUCAAUGGACCCCCCAUCAUCUCCAGCACCCAGACCCAGCACGCCCUCCACGGUGAGAAAGGCCAGAUCAAAUGCUUCAUCCGGAGCACACCGCCACCAGACAGAAUAGCCUGGUCCUGGAAGGAGAAUGUGCUGGAGUCGGGGACGUCUGGGCGCUACACAGUGGAGACGGUCAGCACGGAGGAGGGUGUCAUCUCCACCCUGACCAUCAGCAACAUUGUCCGGGCGGACUUCCAAACCAUCUAUAACUGCACCGCCUGGAACAGCUUUGGCUCUGACACUGAGAUCAUCCGGCUCAAGGAGCAAGGUUCGGAAAUGAAGUCGGGAGCCGGGCUGGAAGCAGAGUCUGUGCCGAUGGCCGUCAUCAUCGGGGUGGCCGUAGGAGCUGGUGUGGCCUUCCUCGUCCUAAUGGCAACCAUUGUGGCCUUCUGCUGUGCCCGUUCCCAGAGAAACCUGAAAGGUGUUGUGUCAGCCAAAAACGAUAUCCGAGUGGAGAUUGUCCACAAGGAGCCUGCCUCCGGUCGGGAGGCGGAAGAGCACUCCACCAUCAAGCAGCUGAUGAUGGAACGGGGUGAAUUCCAACAAGACUCGGUACUGAAGCAGCUGGAAGUCCUCAAAGAAGAGGAAAAGGAGUUUCAGAACCUGAAGGACCCCACUAAUGGCUACUACAGUGUCAACACCUUCAAAGAGCACCACUCGACCCCGACCAUCUCCCUGUCCAGCUGCCAGCCGGACCUGCGCCCCGCAGGCAAGCAGCGUGUGCCCACGGGCAUGUCCUUCACCAACAUCUACAGCACCCUGAGCGGCCAGAGCCGCCUCUACGACUACGGGCAGAGGUUCGUGCUGGGAAUGGGCAGCUCCUCCAUCGAGCUUUGUGAGCGGGAGUUCCAGAGGGGCUCCCUCAGCGAUAGCAGUUCCUUCCUGGACACACAGUGUGACAGCAGCGUCAGCAGCAGCGGCAAGCAGGACGGCUACGUGCAGUUUGACAAGGCCAGCAAGGCCUCCGCCUCCUCUUCCCACCACUCCCAGUCCUCUUCCCAGAACUCCGACCCCAGUCGACCCCUGCAGCGGCGGAUGCAGACUCACGUCUGAGGAUCACACACCGUGGGCGGGGACAGGCCAGGGAAGAGCGCAGGGCAUGUUCUGGUUCUCCAGGGACUAGGGCUACUUUGCAGAGGACCCCGGAACUGGACACCUCCAGGAUGGCCUUUGAGCACCUCUGCCAACAUCUUCCUGUGAAACUCUGAUCAAGCACAAAUCUGGGUCCCCAGCAGCAGCCUGCCAGAGGCAGCAGGUGGGGAAAUGGAUGGAGGAUGCAGCUGAUGUGCUUGGUGCUAGACACCUUUGUCCCCAGCCCUUUCCUGGAGGCCCCUCUACCACCUCCUCCCACAGGCACUAGUGGCAGCUAUAAAUUUGCUUUCAUGAAACUGCCGUCCACUCUCUGGUGUCCCCUGGGAUUUCCCCCUUGCUGCCCAUAAGCCCUCCCUGUGCCUGUGCUCCUAUACAGCCCUAGGGAGAAAAGGGGAGUUCUUCUCGGCACCAAGCUGCUCCAGAGACCGCAGCUCCCCACACUGCUCCCAGCCCACGCCUCAGAGACUUGAGAAGCCAGAAAUGGCCCUGGCCAAAAGAGCACACCACCUGGGAACCUGGCUCCAAUUUGUUUGGUGUUUUGUGUCCAUACUCUUGCAAUUCUGUCCUUGGACUUGAUGCCUCUGAACUUGGAGGUGGGACUGGCCCAAUCAGAGCCUGGUGUCCUGUGGGGAGGGAGACUGUGAAGCCUGGGGAAUACCGUACCCCUCUCCAGACUGCGGGAUUCAGAGCCUCCCCUGCCCCCUGCUUUAUGUACUCCCCACCUCCCCACAGCACAAUCAGAAUUAAUAUAAGGAGUGAGAGUUGGUCUGGUCAGGGUUCUUUGAACAGUCAAUGGAGAGUGUUUCCUGGGUGGUGUUGGUUUGAGGGGGCUGGAGAUCAGGUCCCGAAGAGGAUGAGACUCUCCUUCUCUGCUGAUGAACACCAGGAACAAAGAUCCUGUCUCCAGUAAGACUCCAUGGGCAAGAGGGAAAGUUCAUCUGCGCCUCUCCUCUCCCCCCAUUCACCAUCUGAAAAUAAAUGUUAGGGCCAUUACCCCAGCAAAUCCAUUCUGUUCUUUUUUUUUUUUUUUCCUGCAGAGUUACAGAAAGAUCCCAAGGGCUCAGAAUAUGCUUUGGGAACCCUAGUUUCUUUACCCUUCUUUGAUUCAAUUUUCUCAGACUAGGAAGGCAAUUGAUGGGUCUG